AUGACGCUAUCGAGAGAGGAGCUAAAGGAGAUUGAGAAUACGCUGGUUGAACUGGCGACGACGCAGGUUGGCCCAUUGAUCAAGGGACAGGCAGGCACUAAGUUCGACUCCUACGAGGACAAGGCCAAUAAUGUAGAUCUAGUUACUGUAGUCGACAAGAAGGUCGAAAACAUCAUCUAUGAGGCGCUGAGCAAGAAAUACCCCGAUUUCGACUUUAUUGGCGAGGAGAGCUACGUCGUCGGGGAGACCAAGAUCGGCGAAAAGCCUACGUUUAUCGUAGACCCCAUUGACGGGACUACGAAUUUUAUCCACGGAUACCCUUAUAGCUGCACUUCGCUCGGACUCGCUGAAGGCGGCAGAGCUGUGGUCGGCGUUGUGUACAAUCCGCAUUUGAACCAGUUAUUCCACGCUUCUAAGGGCAACGGUGCGUAUCUGAACGGCGAGCCCGUCACCGUUGCUCCCAGAGCACUCACGCUACAGAAAUCUGUUGUCGCCUUUGAGGGUGGUUCCGAGAGAUCCGAAGGACCAGAAGGUAACUUCGAUUGCAAGAUGGCGACGUUGAAGAACUUGCUCAGCGACAAAGGUGGAUACAUUCAUGGGUUCCGAAGCGUCGGGAGCGCUGCUAUGAACCUGUGCUACGUGGCCAAUGGGAUGCUAGACGCAUAUUGGGAAGCGGGGCCCUGGGCCUGGGACGUAUGUGCCGGAUGGUGCAUCUUGAAUGAGACUGGCGGAGUAAUGGUUGAUGCUAAUCCGAACCGGUGGGACAUACCCUUAGAUAACAGAUCGUACUUCGCGGUUAGAGGCGGCAGCAGCGUCCAAGAACAAAAGUGGUUCAUAGAGGCCUUUUGGUCACAUGUGGAAGGUACAAUGAAGUUUUGA